GUGUGUGUGUGUGCGUGCGUGUACGCGCGUUAUCCCCUCCCUCAGAGCGAGCGCGAGCUACGGAGAGAAGACACGGAGCAGAGUAAACGGCAGUCGGUGUGAACGUGAACGGACUCCGCUGUUUACUGCUAGUGUUGUUGCAGAGAUCGGAGUGCGUUCGGUUAAUGUUUUCGUUCCGCGCGUGGAUGAGGACAACGUGCGUGUAAGUGAACUAAACCCACCGGAACACGCGCACAGCUACGGUAACGGAUCGGAUCCGCUCGCGAGAGGAAAGUCCAGCUUUUGGAUCGUGUGUGAGUGAGAGAGAGAGAGAGUGUGUAAGAAAGAGAGAGUGUGUGUGUGUGUGUGUGUGUGUGUGGACGAGUCUUCGCUAUAACGGAGCGGCGGAGCGACAACACGGUCCCCACAAUGAGUGAAAAUGACUGACUGAAAAAAGGUGACUUUUUAAUCAUUGGUGACGGAAGUCGCUGUCAACGACUCUGAAGGCUCAUCGUCCAGUCUGAAGCGUUUCUGUGCUCCGAGAUAUAACGAACAUCCGAUCACAACCUCUGACAUACCGUUAGUCAUCCAAUCAGAACUGAAAAGUCGAGAUUCACCAAUUAGAAUUAUUGGAGCGUACCAAGAUUUCUCAGCUGAGCCAUCAGUAACAAGCUGUGAACCACCAGUGGUCCAAUCAGAACCAGUGUGUACCACCAGUGGUCCCAACAGAACCAGUGUGAACCACAGUGGUCCAAUCAGAACCAGUGUGAACCUCCAGUGGUCCAGUCAGAACCAGUGUGUACCACCAGUGGUCCAGUCAGAACCAGUGUGUACCACCAGUGGUCCAGUCAGAACCAGUGUGUACCACCAGUGGUCCAAUCAGAACCAGUGUGAACCUCCAGUGGUCCAGUCAGAACCAGUGUGUACCACCAGUGGUCCAGUCAGAACCAGUGUGUACCACCAGUAAUCCCAACAGAACCAGUGUGAACCACAGUGGCCCAAUCAGAACCAGUGUGAACCUCCAGUGGUCCAAUCAGAACCAUUGAGAACCAACAGUAGUUCAGUCAGAACUAUUAGGAACCACCAGUGGUCCAUUGAGAACGAACAUUUGUGUAAGCAGGACCGAUAAAUUGCUGCACUCCAAUCUGAACCAUUUCUACAAAAGCUCUAACAUUUCUACCAGUUCUUCAAUCCUCUGACCACUAAGAACCACCAAUCAGAUCCAUCACUGUAUACCAAGAAGCACCGUUUCUUCAAUCACUUGAAGAACAUCUGGAACUACCAGUUCGUUUGUUCUUUUUUUCCAACAUCUGGAACUACCAGUCAUCUAAUCAGGACCGUCGCCGUCCAACUGGAACCAAAUACCGUCAGCAGAAAUUUUCUGAUUUAUAUCCAGUCAUAACAAGGAUACCUGGAGAAAUGGGUGGGGCUAAAGUCCUACUCAUGAUGCUGGUGAUUGGUCUGGAAAAUGUGAACUGUGUGAACUGGAACCCAAUCCCACGCAAGACCAUCCGAUAUCACGAAGUGAUAGACAGCAUGGCGCGUUUCCGGUCAGUGGGUGUGUUUAACUACACCAUGUUGACUCUGUCAGAGCACGAGCGUGUCCUGUACGUCGGCGCCAGAGAGACGCUAUUCGCUCUUGACCCCAAUGACAUCACACGACAGCUCCGCCCACAGAUUGACUGGCCGGCCCCUGUGGAGAAGAAGAAAGAGUGUGCUGAGAGAGGAAAAAACAACCAGACGGAGUGUUUUAACUACAUUCGGUUCCUUCAGGGUUAUAAUCACACUCACAUGUACACGUGUGGAACCUAUGCCUUCCAGCCCAAGUGCACCUACAUCAACGUGGAUCAUUUCACUCUGAACAGCGCCACCCUGGAGGACGGGAAGGGCAAGUGUCCCUACGAUCCAGCUAAAGGCCACACCGGCCUCAUCGUGGAUAAGGAGCUGUACUCUGCCACUCUGAAUAAUUUCUUGGGCACGGAGCCGGUGAUCCUGCGCAACCUGGGACUGCAGCACUACAGCAUGAAGAGCGAGUACCUGCCGGCCUGGCUCAAUGAGCCGAAGUUUGUAGGUUCUGCUCUGGUGCGUGAGAGCAGGAACAGCCGUGAGGGAGAUGAUGAUAAAAUCUACUUUUUCUUCAGCGAGAGAGCCGUGGAGCUCGACUGUGACGGAGACCUGACUGUAGCUCGAGUGGCCCGUGUGUGUAAGGGUGACCAGGGGGGAACUCGGACACUACAGAAGAAGUGGACAACGUUUCAGAAGGCUCGUUUGGUUUGUUCCCUCCCCGAGCGCCACAUCACCUUCAACCACCUGCAGGCCAUCUUCACCAUGCAGGGAGCUGAUUGGAGGAGCACAGUCUUCUACGGAGUUUUUCACGCCCAGUGGGGGGACGUGGACGUCUCGGCCGUGUGUCAGUACCACAUUGGAGAGGUGAAGAGUGUGUUCGAGGGCCCUUAUAAGGAAUACCGCGAGGCGUCUCAGAGAUGGGGGAGAUACACCGGGGUCAUCCCGAACCCACGGCCUGGAGCGUGCAUCACUAACUUUGACAGAGAGAACGGUUAUAACAGCUCGCUGCAGCUGCCGGACGCCACGCUGAACUUCGCUAAGAAGCAUCCGCUGAUGGAGCUGAGGGCCGAGGCUCGACCCCUGAUGCUCACCAAGGGAGUGAACUUCACACGGAUCGCGGUGGACCGAGUGAACGCCCUCGACCAGAGAGUGUACAGCGUGCUCUUUAUUGGAACAGCUGAUGGAUGGCUCCAGCGAGUGGCGAUUGUUGGGUCUGAGGCUCAUGUGAUUGAGGAGAUCCAGCUGUUUGAUUGGCCGCAACCAGUCGAUAGUUUGACCAUCUCACACACCAAGAAGUACCUGUACAUCGGCUCUCGGUCUGAGGUGUUACAGUUGCCCUUGGCUAACUGCAGUCGUUAUCACUCACAGCCGGACUGCUGGCUGUCCCGAGAUCCGUACUGCGCCUGGGACAGCGAGGGACGAGCCUGUGUCCGCAUCGACCUCCACCGCGGCUCCAUGUCCACUCUCACUCAGGAUCUGAUGCUGGAGAGAUUCAAUCGAGGGUCAAAGGCUAAGUUUGAUAAGCCGGUGUCGAUCCCCAGCCCAGAACAUUCCCGGCUGAGGAACGUGACCGUGGUGGUGGGUUCGGACCUGGUUCUGCCAUGCCAGCUGGUCUCGAACCUGGCACAUCCCUCGUGGGCACUGAACGAGCGUGAGUUGUUGCUCUCAUCUGACUCGGACACUUUGGGUCCCCGUUUCGACCGCGCCCUUCGUGCCUUGGUCAUCCCACAGGCGGGCGCGUCCCAGACCGGACGCUACGUGUGUUACUCGGAGGAGCAGGGAGUAAAGUUCCAGACAGAGCGCUACCAGGUGGCUGUGGUGGCCAGCGCACCUGUGUUUAUGGAAGCGCGAGCGCCGGAUGCCAGCAUGGGGCUGUUCUGGGUGCUGGUGAUCGCGCUGGGUGUCACAUGUCUGGUGCUGCUCGCUGGCGCUCUCUACCUGCGCCGAAGGCUGAAAUUAGCACUGGGGAAAGCGGGAACUGCUGAGAUGAAGCCGUUAGAAAGCACGCUGGUCUACCCGAUAACACUGCCCAAGGAGACGCCAAGCUUUGUGCCCAGUAAGAUGCCCACCAGCUCAAACAAUGACGAGGAUCGCUUCUGGGAAACCGGCGCCAAUUUUUACUACUCUGACGGAUCGUUGAAGAUUGUGCCUGGACACGCGUCUUCGUCUUCGCCGAGCGCCAUUCCUGGUCAGCCACUACACUCGCCAAGCCGCCUGAGCCUCACCAACAUCCGGAACUCCAGCACCAACGGCUACGUCCGACUCAGCCUGAGCGUGGCGGGUGAGGACCGGGCGAACGGAGGGAUGAGUGCACCAGGAGUGGGAGGAGUUGGAGGAAAGCUGGGGAUCGGAGCCAGGGAGAACGACUACACAAGUCCCUUUAAGGAGGAGCUACGGAGGACACUGCAGCAGAGAAGCGUCCUCCCUGAUGCCAACCCCGAAGAGUCAUCAGUCUAGAGCACAAACAGAGACACCAAACAGUCACCUACCUCCCUCCUUCACGGAGAAACAUCCUUCCUCUCUAUUUCAUUAUCUUUCCUACCUUCCAUCAGACCCAUCUUCUAUCUCUCUCUCUCUCUCUCUCAGCUAAUGCCAUCAACCCAAUCCAGCAGCUGGCUUGCUAAUGCUAACAGCUAGCGCUCAUAUACAGAGUGCAUCAUGAUCUCUCCAUCAAAAUGGUUUUCGUUUCAUGACGAUGGCUAACCGAUAAAAGGCUACAAACUAUUUUUGGCUAGGUUUAGCUGUCACUCAAACACGUGGGAGGAGUCACACUGAUUCGCGUUCUGUUUCAGGAUUGGACGCGGGAGGGGAGGAGUGAAAAAAAAAGCAAGACGACAAUCAUACUUUUUGCAACAAAAAAGUGUGAAAAAGAAGAGAGAAGACGAAGUAAAUGAAGGGAGCUGUAACAGAAAGCGACCAACGAACUGUCAGGCUUUCUGGAAAAAAAAAACAGCUCGUUUAUUUUACGAUUUUUUUUUUCUUCUGAGAAUGUCUUCGGGCUCAAAGCACUAAUAUAUUGUGACCUUUGUAAUUUAAAGAUUUUUUUUUUCUUCGUAUUUCUGGAACAUUCGGGGUGACGGUGAAGGACGUAGGGACAUUUAUCUUUCUGUCCUUUAUCUCAGACUCGUGUUAUAAACGGAGCCGAGUGUUUGACUCGGAUAAACUGAAGAACUGUGUUUGUGCUGAACCGCAAACUUUACUGUAACUUUACUGUAAAAAAGACAUUUCAACAAGUGCAUUUCUGCAUUUAAAUCACUUCUGGGUGUUUCCUUCACCGUGGAUAAACUGACCCUCACCCUGAUUGGACACCGAAAGCUGCACUGCUGCAGCGUUAUCCAAUCAGAGGCUGCGUCCGAUUUCACGCAGAGUCUCACACCUUCAGAAGCAAAAGACGAGCACGCUUUCUCCUUUUCACAUUUUUUGCUGAACCAGAUGGAGACGUGUGUCAUCCAUCCGUGAGGGUACUGCAACCAGCUCCACCACCGCUCGCUACUUUCCUGCAUGAAGCUUGACAAAUAUCGUUGUUUUUGUUUUUGUUUUGUUUUGUUUUUUUCUCCAAAGUGCAAAAGUUCACCAAGUCUUACUCAUGACUCAGACUUUUGGAAGAAAAAAGAAAAAGACAUUGUGAUUUGUUUUUGUUCAUUUCACUGUGCCUCUUCAGCAUGGGCUAAAGCCAAAGUAGACUGCAGAUGGUUUUUAUCUUCUCCUUCUUCUAUUCAUUUCUUUUUUUUUUUUCUUAUCAUUAUUAUUAUUAUUAUUAUUGUUGUUGUUGUUCUUUCUUAUUUAAGUUUGGAGUCCGUCCACUGCACAGAAAAGGACUGUCCUGCUAUCCGAGCGUACCCGAGUGUUUGCUUUGUCAUUAAUCUCUUUUUUGAUGGAGAAAAAUUGAUAUAUUGUGUGGCAUGACAGCUUUAAGGUGUUUUUUUUUCCCAAGCAGCUCUCUGUUCUGUUCGCCCGAUAUCAAAUAAGAUGAAAAGAGAAAAAGAAAAAGACAGAAACUUUAACGCAGAAAUGAAAAGGUAGCUGAGAAUUUUCACCAUUUCACAGAAGAUUCCUGUUUCUUAAUUCGUUGGACGUUUCGUUGUUCGUGCACAAGCUAAAAAUAUCAAACAGAUUUCUCAGGGUGGAGCUUUUUAAACAUCUUAAGGAUCGACGCUAGCUGCAGGCAGGCGUGUGCCGAUCGACGGCUGCCCAGUAAAACUGCAUUAAUGUUUAAUAACAGUGUUAGUUUCGGUGUUUACGUUCGGGG